AUUCCAACCAUUACAUAUUUUCCACAUUCAUACCUUUAUCACAUACAUUCUGCAUGUCUUCCACUAACAACACCAUUUCUUCUUCCUCUGCAGUUAGCACUAGCAAGAAACGUACUCGUGACGAAGUAGAGAGCACUCCCAACGUCAACAAGGUGUCAUCGAGUACCCGAUCCGAUCCAAACGAGUACCGUGGCAGGUUAGUGCCUUUCGCGCCAGUGUCCACGGAUGGUGUGCUAAGUGCAUAUAGUAAACUUUUCCUGGAUCUGAAUCACUGUUCAAUCCGCGGGCAGUCUAAUCCUUUGCCAGCCGACUAUCAGGACGGGCCUCGAGAGUGGUUGACACUCGAGGGUCAUGUGGCGAGGACACACAAGGGCGAUGUGGUGAAGCGUGAAACCUUCACGCUAUUCCAUCUGCAUGAGCCAUCGUUGUUCAAGCAGUUGGAGAAGCACAAGCUUCGGCUGGUCUCGGAGGAGGAUUGGGAGACCGCCAAAAAAGCAAGGGCUACUCUGCAACAACAACGUAGAGUGACUGAAGCGCCUGUGGUUUAUAUUGGAUCCUGAAAUUACGGCGAGGAAAGGUCGACCACGGACAAAACGAAUCAAGAGCAGUGUGGAGACCGGCAAGCAUUUGUCGAAGCAAAGGUGUGGAGAGUGUGGGGCUCUAGGGCAUAACAAAAGAUUCCAUAACCAAAUUUAGAGGAAAAAAAUAUUUGUAAGGGGGCCUGUACCUUAUUAUUAUUAUUAGUAUGGUAAAAUAAAUUUAUAACGGAG